ACAUCCUCCAGAGAAUGUUCCUUAUACUUCCAAGUUUUCCAUUGAAUUAUAUCCAACAAGAGAUAUAACAACUGAUGUAUUCAUCAAGGCUUAUGCAAUACCAAUGAACAGAUGUUCAGACCAGAACUCUUACUACUUAUUGGCUGGCACACAACUGUUACCACAGUUUUCCCUCUAUCGACUACUCAGUCAAAAUCCUAAACUAGACUACCAUGCUGAAUUGGAAGGUUUACGCUCAGGAGUCUUCUUCGUAGUGCAUGAACGACCUCAGAGG